GGCAACCCUCGGUCGGAUUAGAAAACAUCCAUCCGGCAGUGAAGUGGGUCGGGACUUUCAGAAGGAAACAUGGAAUAAAAAACUUUGGAAACUUGAAUUUGGGACAAGUCUGGCCAACAGCCGAAGACUAUGAUUGUGGAUAAAAUGUGUUUUAUAUGAAGAAGGGCUCCGAUAGUACUGUCGCUGUCCUUUGAACGAGAGGAUGGCAGGUAUUUUAAGGUAUUUGGAGAAGGUGACGCGGGGACUGAAGAUGGACGUGCUGCGAGAGGCCGGCCGUCAGUACCCGGUGUCCUGCGUCCUGCUGCUGUCCCUGCUGGCGCUCACUCUGCUGCUCAACAGGUAUCUCCACAUCCUGAUGAUCUUCUGGUCGUUCCUGGCUGGUGUCACCACUUUCUAUUGCUCCUUCGGACCGGAGUCCCUUCUCCCAAACAUCUUCUUCACCGUGAAGCCGAGGAACAAACGGCAGGAGCAGGAGCUGUUUCCUCUGGGCAACAGCUGUGCCGUGUGUGGGAAGGUCAAGUGCACCCGGCACCGGCCGACGCUGCUCCUAGAAAACUACCAACCGUGGCUGGACCUGAAGGUUCAUUCCAAAGUGGACGCCUCGAUAGCUGAGGUGUUCGAGUUAGUUCUGGAGAACUUCGUGUACCCCUGGUACAGGGACAUCACAGAUGACGAGGCGUGUGUGGAUGAAGUGAGGAUGACCUUUCGCUUCUUUGCGUCGGUGCUCGUCCGCAGGGCUCAGAAGGUCGUGAAGGAAGCCGUCAUGUGA